AUGCAGCAGAAUUUCGUCCUGCUGAAGGAGCGCCCGGAGGAGGCGGCCCCCAAGCCGCUCAAGAAGGCCCUGGACUACUCCUCCUCCAGCGAAGAGGCGGACUCCAGCGAGGAAGAGGAGGAGGAGGAGGAAGAGGAGGAGGCAGGCGAGGGGGAGCGCUCGGAGCCUGGCGCGAGCACCCCUGGGGCCAGGGAUGGCGACACGGACUCGGUCAGCACCAUGGUGGUGCACGACGUGGAGGACUUGACGGGGGGCAGCGGGGGCUCCGAGAGCUCCUACGGCGAGGGCACCAUGCUGGUGCAGCGGACCCCCGAGGAGGAGCGUGGCCUCCUGCACAGUGACAGCAACGGCUACACCAACCUGCCUGACGUGGUCCAGCCCAGCCACUCGCCCACGGAAGCCAAAAGCAGCAACGGCUCCUCCUCGCCCGCCAAGGACGGGGCCACCGACUACCAGUCGCGGGGGCUCGUCAAGGCGCCUGGCAAGAGCUCCUUCACCAUGUUUGUGGAUCUGGGCAUCUAUCAAAGCUCCCCUGGGGGAGGAGACACCAUCCCCAUCACUGCAUUCGACCCUGGGCGGCUGGAGCAGUUGCAGCUGGAGGCCCGGAAGGGCUCUGUGGUCAACGUCAACCCCACCAACACACGGCCCCACAGCGACACGCCGGAGAUCCGCAAGUACAAAAAGCGCUUCAACUCGGAGAUCCUCUGUGCGGCCCUUUGGGGGGUCAACUUGCUGGUGGGCACCGAGAACGGGCUGAUGCUGCUGGACCGCAGCGGGCAGGGCAAGGUGUACAGCCUCAUCAACCGCCGGCGCUUCCAGCAGAUGGACGUCCUGGAGGGCCUCAACCUCCUGACCACCAUCUCAGGAAAGAGGAACAAGCUGCGCGUCUAUUACCUCUCCUGGCUGCGCAACAAGAUUUUGCACAAUGACCCCGAAGUGGAGAAGAAGCAGGGCUGGACCACCGUGGGGGACAUGGAGGGCUGCAUCCACUACCGCGUGGUGAAGUACGAGCGGAUCAAGUUCCUGGUCAUUGCACUGAAGAGCUCGGUGGAGGUCUACGCCUGGGCCCCCAAGCCCUACCACAAGUUCAUGGCCUUCAAGUCCUUUGCCGACCUGCCACAUCGGCCGCUGCUGGUGGAGCUGACGGUGGAGGAGGGCCAGCGGCUGAAGGUCAUCUACGGCUCCUGUGCCGGGUUCCAUGCCAUCGACGUGGACUCCGGGAACAACUACGACAUCUACAUCCCGGUCCACUUUGCUUGCAUUUGUAUAUAA